CAUGUCAGUUAUCACACCUGGUUGUUAUAUAAUACAGUAGUCAAAACAGAAGGUAGUUUAAACAUUUCAAUAAAACUGUGCGGUUGAUGUAAUACGGAAAGAAUAUAGUUCAAUUUCAUGGAAUGAUUGCCAUUUAGUUGCUUACAAAGUGUUCAAGAUAUUCUUAAAAUGGACAACAACAGCGACGAAGUUGCAAACAAGGAUUCAGGAGAUGAACAUGAAAGGGAAUCCUCUCUAGGUACAUUAGAUGCUCAAUCUGAUACGAGUGAGGGAAACGAAAUUUUUCAUGAAUGUUCUCAAAUUGAAGAUGCCGAAGAAACCGAUGAUAAAAAUACAAAGUCAAUAGGGGAUCACGAAGCAGAACGUGUUGGAAACAUCCACAUUAUAGAAAGUGAAAAUUAUCCAAAGCCCGAAGCAUGCCCUUUACCAAUAGAUAUGGCUUUAUCAACUGACUUGACAACCAAAGAUAAAUUAUCUUCUACUGAUUUUGAAACGGCACAAGAUCGAAACUCAUUAACAGAUAGAGAUUCUUUUCAAUUUUGUGACGUUUGUAAGGAAAGUGACAAUUACAUAAUAUCUACAGCCUAUUGUUCUGCAUGCGAUGAAUCUUAUUGCAAUGAUUGCACUAAUGUUCACCGUUUACAAAAGGCAACAAAAAGUCAUGAAAUCGGUCCUCCGAAAUCAAAGAAAUCAUCCUUUGUUUGUGAAAUAUGCAAACAUUUGGGUAAUGAGAUUCAAGCAGUGGCUAGUUGUAAUGUUUGCGAGGAACUUUACUGUGACUCAUGUUCAAAUGCUCAUAAACGACAAAAAGCGACAAAAAAUCAUUCGAUUUUUAGUCACGAUAGACUAGCCGAGAGAGGAACAUGCGAGCCAUGUAAUGAUAACGGAACUACUGAAAAAACAGCUUGCCACAUUUGCAUUGAUUGUGAUGAAGUACUGUGCUACGAUUGUUUUUCAGUCCAUAUAAAACAAAAGGCUACUAGAGAGCACAAAGUCGUCUGCUCAGAGAUGACUGACCAAAACUACUGUCAGCCUUGUAAUAAUGAAGGCAAGAACAUCACACCUGACAUGUAUUGUAGAGCCUGUUCAACAAAAUUAUGCAAUAAUUGUGCUGAUACACACAGGAAAGAUGAAGCAUCCCGUAACCAUAAAGUAAUCAACAUAGCUAAAUUAAUUGGCGGUGAACAAAGCAGGCAUAAUUCAAAUGAAGUAAUUCAAGAAAAUACACAAAGACAAUCUAAAAGUAUGCAAAAUAACCUGAAACCAGGUAUACCUUGCUUAGUUGAUAAGGUAAAACUUGAUUGCGUUUGUCUCGCCUGGGAACCUCCAAAACAGAUGAUUAAAGAUAUGAAUUAUCAACUUCGCUACAAAGAGGUAGACUCGAAUUCAAAAUGGAUUCUUUCAACUCACAUUUCUUCCCAACCAUCCAUAACAGUAUGCAAUCUGAAGUCAAAUACAAAAUAUGUUUUCCAAGUACGGAUGGUUAGUGAUGAAGAAGAAGGACCGUACAGUGAUGCAAGCGAGAGCAUAGAAACCAUUCAGUCAGCUGCCGCUCGAUCUCUAGAGUUUAUGUAUGAAGUGAACCGAAGUGAUGCAGAAAUGCCUUUGAGAAGGCUACCUUUGCAAGAAAACAAAAAGGCUCGAAACCUUACUGGGAAGACAAGAAAGCUGAUUAUCGGUGAGAAUAAGAAAACAAACGCACAAGAAAGAACAGUUAUGUUAGUUGGUGCAACAGGAACUGGUAAAAGUACACUGGUAGACGGUAUGAUAAACUAUGUUCUUGGAGUAAAUUGGAGUGAUCCAUACAGACUUACACUUGUUGAUUUGGAAGACGAGGAAAUGAACAGAGAUACGAACCAGGCUGUUUCGCAAACACAGUGGGUAACUUGUUAUACCAUCAACCCUUUACAAGGUAGUCGGUUGGAUUACACCUUGAACAUUAUCGACACACCAGGAUUCGGAGAUACUCGUGGCAUUGAGAGAGAUAGAGAAAUAAUUAAUCAGAUACGAACAGUAUUUUCAAAUAAAGAUGAAACUGGGAUAGUAUUCAUUGAUGCAGUUUGUUUCCUGGUUAAGGCACCGGAUGCUCGUCUGACACCAACACAAAUGUAUAUUUUCAACGCAAUCAUGUCACUCUUUGGAAAUGAUAUCAAGGACAACUUUUGUAUGUUAGUGACAUUUGCAGAUGGAAAGAAACCACCGGUACUUUCGGCUUUGAGGGAGGGAAAUUUACCCCAUGAGCAAUAUUUUCCAUUCAACAACUCUGGACUUUUUGCAGAGAAUUCUGGUGAAAAAGCUUCCAAUUUCUCUUCUAUGUUUUGGGACAUGGGGUGUGAAAGCUUUAGGCUGUUCUUUGAUAAACUUAUAUCGAUGAAAACAAAAAGUUUACAACUCACUAGGGAUGUUCUGAGCAACGAGAGCUGAUAGAAUUGAACAUGGAAAACCUCCAGCCAAAAUUAGACGCUGGUCUUAAUAAAGUAGAGGAAAUACGCAUAGAAAUAAGAAUUCUCGAGGAUUUCAAAACACAAAUUGAUGCAAACAGUGACUUUGUCUAUACUGUCACAGAAACAGAACAAAGGCAGAUUGAUUUACCAAUAGGACAACACGUGACAAACUGCCUUACAUGUCAUAUGACGUGUCACAAAAACUGCCAAAUACCAAAUGACGAGGAUAAACGUAGUUGUAAAGCUAUGGAUCGUGAUGGAAAUUGCACACAAUGUCCAAUGAACUGUUAUUGGGAUAUUCACAGAAAUACUCCUUACAUCUUUGAAUAUAUUCAAGUCCAAAAGGAAAAGACCUACACAGAAAAGCUUGAAAAAUACCGUCGCGCAAAAGACGAAAACAUGACUCGUCAGAAAGUAGUUGAACGUAUGCACGAAGAAUUGCAUUCUCUUGAAGGGGAAAUAUUAUGGUUGAUGGAGAAAAUUAAUGACUGUAACAACGUUUUAAGACAAAUAGCACUUCGACCUGAUCCGCUCAGUGUAGUCGAGCAUAUUGAUUUGCUCAUAGAAAGUGAAAAGCUUGAAAAGCGAGCAGGGUUUCAAGGGAGAAUUACUUCACUCAUGCAAUGUCGAAAAAGGGCAACAAUAGGGGACGAAGUCGAACGAUUUACAACUAGCUUUACUGACACAAAGAAAAUAUAUUCGGCUCAAGUUGUCUUCACAUCAGAGUAUAAAAAGCGAAACAAGAAAAAAGGAAAAUCAGGCAUUUUUCAAUCGAUUUUCAAUUAUUUUUGAGAAACUAUCACAAUAAAACAAUACGGUCGAUUGCCAACUUAGUACUGUCCUUUUGACUCCGUUUAUUAUAGAAAUGGUAUGUGCAUUAAAAUGAUUUAAGGGUAAAACCAUUCUUUUUCCAACCUGUCAGAUUUUUUAUUUGUUUUAUUUAGCAAAAUUACUAAUAUUUUUCAACAUUUUUCUUCUGUAUAUAUGUUGAAAUACUUACUUAUGCGGCCAAGUGCUCCUGACAUGAUCUGCUUGUUUAAUGAAGUAAUAUUAAUUCGUUGUUUAAUGAAGUAAUGUUAAUUCGUAUCAGUUUAGCUUAGUUUCCUAAAUCAAUCUAAAGAACCAGUCAAUAUAUGCCUGGACAUGUUACAUUAUCACAAAAGACAAUAUUUACUUACUACCAGUUCAUGAAUCUUUAUUUCAUCAUUUCUUUUUUAAUCUAACGAUUUUAAUGAGUUCUCUCUUCCUAAAAGAAUAAUUAAUUGAUAAGUCCGAUACGUUUUUACAAUACUCUUAUCUGUCAACCGAUUUAAUGAAUUUUUAAUAGUUAUCUUUUUUUUUGAAAAAUAAUUAUAACGAAACAAAAUAUGACUUGAUAUUAUACGAUUGUAAGUAAUUCUAAUUUUCGGGUAAGGACAUCGAGCACAAUAUCAUGAUACGGUAUUUCGAUCUAAACUGCAUUUAAAAAAUGAUAGUAAGUGCAGUGGUCCUCCAUUGUUUCGCUACACAGAUCACUCACUGCCAUCACAUUUCUUUUUAAUAAAACCUUUUAUAAAAUUAAUUCAGAAAAAAUAUUUUAAUUGUGAUUUUCUUCUAUGCCUAAUUGAAUGAUAAUAGAUUGCUUAUAGUUAGGAACUUGUUUAGUAGUUUAUUUCAUUAUAAUGUGUACAAGUCCACUUAAGAAAUAGAUAUAAGAGCAAAAUGUAUAUUAUUUAUAUUUAUAGUUAUGAUUUUUGAAAGUACGAGAUGUAUAUACAUGUACCUGUUGACAAUAUUAUUGAUUUUGUUGUUCCAAAUAAGACAAAAAUUGCAACUUGCCGUUUUCACAAGCAGAAUCCUGUGUGUUUAUUUUAUAAAUCUCCUGAUGCAUUUUCUUUAUCCCUAACUUUAUGGCGCAUUUUUCUUUGUACAUAGAAUGUCCGGAUGUCACUACAUGUAUACAUAUAUUUUUUUGUGCAAAUUUAUACAUUUAUCCUUUGCAGAUAUGCUCUGUAUAGGAAAUAUUAUAUUAAUGUACUUUAGAGUCAGGCCAUAUAAUCUUUUAUCACAUACCGCGUUUUAUUGAACUCGUUGAGCAAAAAAAUAGUAUCCUCCAAGAGGCUCUAUCCUCUUAAAAUUAAUCGAAACGUAAGAAACAAGUGAUUUUGACGUUACGCUUAUGUAACGCAACAUUGUAUGUAACGUCACAACAAUAAAAAUCAACGAACUAAUAAUAAAAGAAACGAACACAAGUAUUAUAAAAUAUCGCAUUCAUCAAAAUUGAAGACAGCCGGCGACGACAAAAUGUGUUUAACUUUUGAUUUUUUAGGUAUUUUAUGUACUUACAAAUGAAUAGAACAUUUGACAAUAUUUAUACAUGUUUGUACAUUUGUGUUUUCUUAUAUUGUAAUAUUCAACAACCAUUUUCUUUAAUUCUCAAUAAAACAUAGUCACAUCUGAA